AUGGCCGUCACCUCACAGGAGGCCUUGUGUAUUGUCGUUAUCAUUUAUUUCUUUCCCGCUUUAUUUGUUGCGGCGUGGGUCUGCCGAUGCCAUGGUUUCGGCAAGCAACUCGGCUGGCUUUACCUCGUCCUGCUGUGCCUUGUGCGUGUGGUUGGAUCUGCGCUACGGAUUACCAGUGAAAUUAAUCACGAGGCGGGCAUAAGUACGGCCGCUGAUGUGGUUUCGUCUGUCGGAGUAAUGACGCUGCUGCUGGGAAUGCUGGAACUCAUCGACCGUUUCGAAUCGAUGCUCAGUUUCAAACCAAUUCAUCAGAGAGUAUGGACAUUCUUGCAACUAGCUCAGUAUGCUGCUUUUAUCCUAUACGCUGUGGGCAUGGGCAUGGGAAGAACAGACCUCAACGAAGCCUCUACCAUUAUCGUGGCGGCAACGUUUGUUGUCCAGGUAGCGAUAUGUGCCAUCUUAUCCCGCUAUAUGCAUCAUGCUGCACGCUACAGCCGACUCCUCCUCGUUGCAAUCAUCAGCAUCCCGUUUCUGGCGGUGCGGGUUGCCUACGGGAUUGCAACAACAUUCGUAACCAGCGACAGUCCAUUCAACAGAGGGGUAACUGGCGUGGUGAUCAGUGCAUUCUUGCAAUACGCGAUGGAGUUCGUUGCCGCAACCCUCUUUCUCUACGCUGGUGUUGUUUUAUUGCCUCCCAAGCACGUGGAUAGUCGCGAAUCCGGCACAGCAUCGCUCAACAACAACAACGAGUUUCCAAUGGGCUUUCCCCACGCGCUGCCCAGUCGUUGA